CCAACCUUCGGCUUCUCUUACUUCCUAAGAUACAAUUUUUUUCGUCCAGAAUUUUCCCCCAUAUUUUUUGGGGCUUGUAGCUAGUAAAGCAUCCUCACACAGCAUGUCUGAAUCACCCGAUGCAACAGACUCUGUUGAAGAUUUGCAUGAUGAUGGACAACUGACAAUCCGGAUUCCCAAUCCUAAAAUGUUCAUGGCCCGUCAGUCGCAGUGGAAAGGACGCAGAGGGAAGCCACGGUGUGAUCGCUGCCGGGUAAAUAACUUAAAGUGUGAUAGGGUUCUUCCAACUUGCAAUCAUUGUUCAUAUGCGAACGGAAAGGAUUGCGAAUAUACUCCUUUACCAACACCUGCUCACCGAGGAAUCCCGCGGUGUGAUCGUUGUCGUCUCAGAAAUAUGAAGUGUGACCGUAACUUGCCGGUUUGCAACCAUUGUGCGGAAGAGGAGAGUGCUACCGAGUGCAACUAUACUCCUAAGAAGAGGCAUAAAGUUCCAUCCGAUCAUGGUGUGACGCGGGAUAGGCAGAUGGCUCCAUACGGUGCUAAGACAGCAUCUUUCCUCGUCUCUGACAUGCCAUCACCAGAGGAGCAUACCGCCUUCGCGCACAAUGAUCCCAAUGAGUCUAGAGACAGCCAUAGCUUUUAUGGACAAAAUGUGGCAUCAUCAUCAUCACGGAGCUGUGGAGCAUCAGAUUCAUCCACGUCACAUGUUAGGGGUGGCUCUCAAGAGGGUGAACCUUCGCUCCAUUCGCAUUUUGGUCGAUUCACUCCUGACUACCACGGCCAAGGACGGCCCUCCGCCUCCAGUUCAGGGCCUCAAAACAAUAUUCCACGCACCCAACCUGAUAACUCAAUCUCGUUCAUUUCACAUUCCUUUCCUUCUGACCAAGGGACGGUCGUCACGAAGUCCCUCGUCGAAUCCUGGGUACAUCCGUCGUUUGCGCCUUUGCCUGAUGCGGUUUCCCACAGGAUCGGUAGCGUCAAUUCUGCCGAGAUGCCGAGUCGAGAGUCCUUUGAGGAUACCCUUGCACGGUUCCUCCACGAUUUGCCGCAGGACCUUCGUGAAACUGCUGCUUUUGCACCAAAUAUUUACGCCGCCACGUCGCAUGCGUUGUCAAAAGGCAACUUGGAAGGUCUUUCGGAUCGGCUGCGCAUGUGGUUAACAAUUCAUCAUGUACGGCUAGGAUCUGAGAAAUAUCACCUUCUAUUGAUACCACGGGACUCUUUUUUCCACCUCGAGGCGGCAGAAGAAGAAGAACUGAGGAAAGAUUAUAUUGGUCACAUAGACAACCACGGAACCACUUCUUCAAAAGUCGAUGCUGUUGAUCACGAUUUCGGUGGUUUUGAGUGGACGAGAGCUUUUGAACGCAUUCCAGUACAAACCCAGAUCUACGAUAUCCUUGUCUACGCUCAUCGAGCCCAUGGCUCGUCUUCUUCGAUGCUCUUUGAGACAAGGCGUAUGGGAAUGGCUACUAUAACCUGGCCGAUGGUCGAAAUAUUCAUUCGUCUGUGUCCCUUGUGCAACUUGCGGAGCAAGUCGGCUCACAGUGUGAAACUCGAGCCUGCUUAUCCCCCAUAGGACACGGAUCGGAUCAACCAAUGAUUGUCAUCCGUAUGGAUACAAGAUGAUGUCUAAGAUCGACAUUCGUGCGUGUAUCACGAUAUCUGGGAAGUGCAUCUUUGAGAAACUGCACAAUACUUGACUAGCAUGCAUGGCAUAGUGGAUCGCAUUUUUGGAAAUUUAAACCGUGGAUAAUGCAUGAUUAAAUCUC